UUCCUUCGGUGAAAAGGACGUAUAUACCUGUUGAACGACCAGAGGAUUUGGUUUCGCGCGCCAUUUGAAUCCACCGCAGAACGAUAAUAUACCAGAAUUUUCGAAGAACAGUUACAUAAACAGUUUCAUAUUUCGAUUGUCGCGAUCAGUCUGUGAAUAUGGGUGAAAACAAAAACAACUCUUGGUUUAAGUAUCUUGAAAGCGUGGGAGAUGUAUCAUCAAGCUCUGCAGAGCGACCAGAAGAGAGUCGUAUUAUAGAAAUACUUCGAAGAAAAUUGUUUCCACCAAUCGAAAUUUGCUUAAUAAGUUAUGAAUGCAAAAUUUGUAUGAAAAUAAUUUUGGAGAUGCGCAUUGGAAUGCAUUUUCACAAAUUCUGUUUGACAUGUGUACCACGGAUUAAUUGCACACAAGUUUGUCAAUCAACGUUAAUUCAUUCAUCAGCCAAUAGUAAAGAACAUCAAGAGAAAGUUUUAAAGCAAUUUCGAGCAUUAGGCGGGUAUACAAUUAAAUUUAUAGAAACACACAAAAGGAAGUACGUAGAAGAUGAAAAUUCAGAAUAA